AUGAGUGGGUGUUUUCCAGUUGCUGGCCUCCGAUGCCUGUCUAGGGACGGCGGGAUGGCUGCGCCGGGCGCGCCACGCUUCCUCCUGACCUUCGACUUCGAUGAGACCAUUGUGGAUGAGAACAGCGACGACUCGAUAGUGCGCGCCGCGCCGGGCCAACGGCUGCCAGAGAGCUUGCGUGCCACUUACCAUGAGGGCUUUUACAACGAGUACAUGCAGCGCGUCUUCAAGUACCUGGGCGAGCAGGGCGUGCGGCCCCGGGACCUGCGUGCCGUCUACGAGGCCAUCCCCCUGUCACCGGGCAUGGGCGAUUUGCUCCAGUUUGUGGCCAAGCAGGGCGCUUGCUUCGAGGUUAUUCUCAUCUCGGAUGCCAACACCUUCGGCAUAGAGAGCGCGCUGCGCGCCGCCGGCCACCAUGGCCUGUUCCGUCGCAUCCUCAGCAACCCGUCGGGCCCGGACGCGCGCGGGCUGCUGGUGCUGCGGCCCUUCCACACGCACAGCUGUGCGCGCUGCCCGGCCAACAUGUGCAAGCACAAGGUGCUCAGUGACUACCUGCGCGAGAGGGCCCACGACGGCGUGCACUUCGAGCGCCUUUUCUACGUGGGUGAUGGCGCCAACGACUUCUGCCCCAUGGGGCUGCUGGCGGACAGCGAUGUGGCCUUCCCACGCCGCGGCUAUCCCAUGCACCGCCUCAUCCAAGAGGCGCAGAAGGCUGAGCCCAGCUCCUUCCGCGCCAGGGUGGUGCCCUGGGAGACCGCUGUGGACGUGCGCCUCCAUCUACAACAGGUGCUGAAGACCUGCUGA